ACACAUAAAAUUUACGGAUGUGGUGCCUAGGGUUAUGAGAUUUGAUCCCUAUAUAUAGUCGGCUAAAUCUUCCGAAAGACUCUUGAAUUGGACUUGUCCAAUAAGUUUCAGAAACUAUAUAAAUCAAAUAAAUCUCAUUCUUUUUAAUUCUUGAACGUGCAAAUCAAAAAUCAAGAAUUGAAUCAACCAUGGAAGAUAGUUUCAGAGUUCGAGCAGAGAGAGCCUUCGGUUCUCUUCCAAUCCCUUCUUCCGCUUCUCUUUGGUCUCUUUCCGAAGAAGAAAUCAAACCCGAACCUAAACCCAAACCCAAACCCGAUUCCGAACCUAAACCCUACCCUACUUCUUCUUCUUCUUCUUCUUCCGGUUUCAAAGUUGAGCUUAAGAACGAACUUGACGACGAAGAAGAAGAUGAAAACGCUGCUGGUCCAUCUAAACCCUCCGAUUACAAUGAUGAACAGUGGGAAAUUAGGUCUUCUAUUGGCCUCGAUUGCACCCUCGAUUUUGAGGAUGAGGAGGAUCAUUAUGACAAACAGGCUCUUGGCAAAGAGGGCAGGGGGGAUCGUUUGUAUAUGAGCGAGAUAAAUGAAGAUGGAAUCGGUAUAAGUUCUCGUGCGUUCGGAGAUUUUUCGAGAGACCCACGGGCUAAUCAUACGGCUGCUAGGAUUAAGCUGAAGCAGGAUGCUGAAGCAGCCAAUCAAAUUGAUACUUUGCAUGUCUCUGAGAAACCUACACCAGACAUCGCUGGUGGUGGUGGUGAUGCUGUUAACCCCAAGUCAAUUUUGAAGAGUAAAGAUAAUCCUUCAGAGUCUAGGCCCAAUAAACGUGUUCGGUUUGAUUCUGAAUGUGAUGAUAGAGAUGGAAAUGAUGAUGAGGAUGAGAAGGAAGGAACCAGGGAUGUUCGCAUGAAGACCUCCUCAAUGGAAGAGGAUGCAGCUUUAAAUCAGCCAUCAAAGUCACAGGAAUUUGCUUCUGCAGUUCCUGAUUAUAUCCGCAAUCCUUCAAAAUACACACAUUAUACUUUUGAUUCUUCAACUGACAUGGAUGACAAAGCAAAUAAGGAGGCAUACAUGAGUUUCCUUGCACAGAUAAAAGGUUCAAAUGCGUCACAGGCAGAUGAGGCUUUGGAUGACCUUCCAUCUGUUACCUUUAUACCGAAGAAGAAAUCUGGUGAUGUUACUAUGGGAGAGAAUAAGCUUGAAGUUGGCAAGGAGGGCAUGAAUAAAAAAGCCUUCCCUGUUAGCAUAGCUGCUGAUGAUGACACUGAAAACAGUGAUGUAUGUGCAAUGGAGGAGGAUGAACACGAAGUUAUCGAGGAUACUAAAAAGAGCUCUCAGAAGUCGAACCGCAAGUACAGGAAGAAAACCGAUGACGACUUGGAGGAGCCUACUGUGUAACUGUGGAAUUAGCUUCUAGAUUUGUAUUAUGUUUGGAAUUGUCGUAGGCUCAUAGCUCACCUGCCACCGUUAGACUCCCGUGUCUCCAAAGUGUAGUUUCCAACUUACUACGUGGUGCCACCGUGGUUUCCUUCAUUUCCAAGCUUUAGCUUACAUGAUUUGUUAUAAUCAGACUUGUUGCUAGUUAUUUCUUUCCUUUCAAAUUUGGGGUCUUCUUAGGCCAAUACAUCCUUUUUCAUACAUUUGUGGAAAGACAUCAUGUGCCUUGAUUUGUCUGGGAAAGUUAUGUAGUUUCUGUAACUGCUGUAGCCUGUAGGUGCAAACUUCAAAUCGACUAAUCAAACAUAAUAAUUUGAGUGGAGAUUUAAGAAACUUUUUGUCAA